UCCAACACAUUGUUGAGUUCCCAUCCAUAGUUGGAUCACUGUUGGAAAAAUCCAACUCUAUCAACAUGAUAGAGAUGAAAUCCGGAAAUUCUACACAAACGGCCAAAGAAAUUUCUUCUUUUCUUAUUUCGGCAAAACCUAUAUUGAAAUGAGGACUUGUCACCUUGAUUAAGUAUACAUAUAUUAUUAUUCCGAGCAGCAGUAACCAUUCAGCAAAGCUAACAAGAAAUCCUGUCUCUGGUUAUAUAAUACGAGUAUUAAUCUCAAAAUCUACUAAGCACUUCGGAACUUUCAAAGCUACACUUCUCUAUUUCACGUUUAUCAAGAAGUACACACAGCGAAUUUAGAAUAUCUCAUCCUUUUCUUCGUUCGUAUCCGCUACUCUGUAGCAGGGAUUAAAAUAUGCAGGCUUCAGCAUUUUCCGUGAAAGGAAAUCUAGGUUCUGAUACUGGAAUCAUCAAUAAGUUUGGUCGAUUUAACAGUAGAAGAAUUUCACCAAGUGUGAAAAAUCUGUUGAUAACAGACAGAAAAUCUAAUUGUCAAUUAAGACUUGAUUCACGCGUUAUGGGAGCUGAACUUGCACGUGCAAGAGUUAGAGUAGAUAAUAUUGGCGGAUCAUCUGCAAAACCUAGAUUCGUCAAGGUUCAAGCAUCUGGUGAAGAUCUUGAAGCUGUACCGUCCUCUCCCAAGUCUCAAGGAACAUCAUCUGGUUCAGUUUUGCCAUAUGUUGGGGUUGCUUGUUUGGGAGCUAUUCUAUUUGGCUAUCAUCUAGGUGUGGUGAAUGGGGCACUUGAGUACCUCUCCAAGGAUCUAGGCAUUUCUGAGAAUGCUGUAUUACAAGGAUGGAUUGUUAGCACGUCCCUUGCUGGAGCUACCGUUGGUUCCUUCACUGGAGGAUCAUUGGCAGAUAAGUUUGGUAGAACAAGGACUUUCCAAUUAGAUGCCAUCCCACUUGCAGUUGGAGCCUUUCUCUGUGCCACAGCCCAGAGCGUACAGACAAUGAUAAUUGGCCGACUACUUGCUGGCAUAGGAAUUGGUAUCUCAUCUGCUCUUGUGCCACUAUACAUAUCUGAGGUAUCACCAACCGAAAUCCGUGGUGCACUUGGAUCAGUUAACCAGCUCUUUAUCUGUGUUGGAAUUCUCGCAGCAUUGGUAGCUGGAUUGCCUUUAGCAGGAAAUCCUUUAUGGUGGAGGACAAUGUUUGGUGUUGCAGUUGUUCCGUCUAUUCUAUUGGCUCUAGGAAUGGCAAUGUGUCCAGAAAGUCCUCGGUGGCUUUUUCAGCAAGGAAGGACAGCUGACGCUGAAAGAGCUAUAAAGACACUCUGGGGAAAAGAAAGAGUUGCUGAGGCUAUGCAUGAUUUACGCGCAGGCAGUCAGGGUUCUGUGGAACCAGAGGCUGGAUGGUUUGAUCUAUUUAGUUCCCGCUACUGGAAAGUUGUGAGCGUGGGGGCAGCACUUUUCUUGUUUCAACAGUUGGCUGGAAUAAAUGCUGUGGUGUAUUAUUCUACAUCUGUUUUCCGCAGUGCUGGAAUUGCAUCAGAUGUUGCUGCAAGUGCUCUUGUUGGUGCAUCCAAUGUCUUUGGCACAGCUAUAGCAUCCUCUUUGAUGGACAAACAAGGAAGGAAAAGUCUUCUAGUUACAAGCUUCUCUGGAAUGGCUGCUUCCAUGUUGCUCCUCUCUUUGUCUUUCUCCUGGAAAGUUUUGGCACCAUAUUCUGGCAACCUUGCCGUUAUUGGAACUGUCCUCUACGUGUUGUCCUUCUCACUCGGUGCGGGCCCGGUGCCAGCUCUUCUACUUCCGGAGAUCUUUGCGUCCAGAAUCAGAGCCAAGGCAGUUGCUUUGUCAUUGGGAAUGCAUUGGGUAUCUAACUUUGUCAUUGGCCUUUAUUUUCUGAGCGUGGUAAACAAGUUUGGUAUUGGUUCAGUUUAUUUGGGAUUCGCCAUGGUUUGUAUUCUUGUUGUUGUGUACAUAGCUUCCAACGUGGUGGAAACGAAAGGCAGGUCACUGGAAGAAAUAGAACGUGCUUUGACUUCUGCAGUAUGACAGUGAAAACAGGGAAGCCAUUGUAAAAGUCCUGAUUUUUUUUCUUUUUUCUUAACAGUAGUUCCUAGUUCUCCCAAAGAUAAAUAGGCUCAUGUCGUUCUAGUGUCUUUCACAUCAUUUUAAUUUUGUUAUUUAAUUGUUUGGCUUUUUGUUUUUUCCAAUAUCACUUGGGUUUUCUAUCAUCAUAACUUACAAGACUAUUAGGUUUUCUUGAACUUUAUGAAUAGAGACUCAUUGUGUUGAGGUUUUCGGAUAAGAGACAAUGGAGUUGAGUUUACAAUGAGUUGUUAAGGUUUGGUUUCA